AGGAUCAAGCUGACAGGCUGUCAGUCCUCAGACUAAUGGUGAAGAUGGUGACUGUGAUGGUGAAGACACUCCUCAUCCUCACGCUGGUGGCUUCCUUGAGUGCAGCAACGAAACCCGAUGAGCUGCUGCCAUUAAACUUGGCUCCGGACUCCAUCAAUGAUGAUUUUGAAGGCUGCAAAAUUGAAAAUUUAAAAGAUAUUUUGGGUGAUUUAGUUAAAGUACAGCUGCAGACCAACAAAAAGUUAGAGGAGGCUUGGAACAAGUUUGGAGACACUGAAGAUUAUGUGGAAAGAGCCCUGAAAGUGUACUCAGACAAAGAGAAUGGCAUUUACGCAGCACUCAACGAACAGAUGCGCACAGGCAGAAAAGACUAUGAAUCUUGUUGCACCAGCAACAAUGUAUGA